CACAAUCUCCUAGCAAAGGUUAUGCAGCGCAUGAACACGAUCAUGGCAGAAUCACCAGGCCUCAUCACCAUCUGCCUUUUAGGAUAUCUACUCAGUGCUGAAUGUACAGUUUUUCUUGAUCAUGAAAAUGCCAACAAAAUUCUGCAUCGACCAAAGAGGUAUAAUUCAGGUAAAUUGGAAGAGUUUGUUCGAGGGAACCUUGAGAGAGAAUGUAUAGAAGAAAGGUGUAGUUUUGAAGAAGCACGAGAAGUUUUUGAAAACACUGAACGAACAACUGAAUUUUGGAAGCAGUAUGUUGAUGGAGACCAGUGUGAAUCCAAUCCAUGUUUAAAUGGUGGCAGUUGCAAGGAUGACAUUAAUUCUUAUGAAUGUUGGUGUCGCUUUGGAUUUGAAGGAAAGAACUGUGAACUAGAUGAAACAUGCAGCAUUAAGAAUGGCAGGUGCAAGCAGUUUUGUAAAAGGGGAGCAGAUAACAAGGUGGUUUGUUCCUGUACUGAGGGAUACCAACUUGCAGAAGACCAGAAGUCCUGUGAGCCAGCAGUGCCAUUUCCCUGUGGAAGAGUUUCUGUUUCACACCCUUCUACGCUUACCCGCGCUGAGAUUAUUUUUUCUGAUAUGAACAAUGAAAAUUCUACUGAAGAUGAAGCUAUUUGGGAUAACAUAACUCAAAGUAACGAAUCAUCUCAAGACGUCACUCGGGUUGUUGGUGGAAAAGACGCCAAACCAGGUCAAUUCCCUUGGCAGGUCCUUUUAAAUGGUAAAUUUGAUGCAUUCUGUGGAGGUUCCAUCAUUAAUGAAAAAUGGGUUGUAACUGCUGCCCACUGUAUUGAACCUGGUGUUGAAAUUACAGUUGUCGCAGGCAAACAUAAUAUUGAGAAGGUGGAACCUACUGAGCAAAAGCGAAAUGUGAUUCGAGUUAUUCCUCAUCACAACUACAAUGCGACUAUUAAUAAGUACAGUCAUGACAUCGCCCUUCUGGAACUGGAUAAACCCUUAACGCUGAACAGCUAUGUUACACCUAUUUGCAUUGCCGACAAGGAAUACACGAAUAUCUUUCUCAGAUUUGGAUCUGGCUAUGUGAGUGGCUGGGGAAGAGUCUUCAACAGAGGGAGGUCAGCUUCAACUCUUCAGUACCUUAAAGUUCCACUUAUUGACCGAGCCACGUGCCUUCGAUCCACAAAAUUCACCAUCUAUAGCAACAUGUUCUGUGCUGGCUACCAUGAGGGAGGUAAAGAUUCGUGUCAAGGAGAUAGUGGGGGACCCCAUAUUACUGAAGUGGAAGGGACCAGUUUCUUAACUGGAAUUAUUAGCUGGGGUGAAGAGUGUGCAAUGAAAGGCAAAUAUGGAAUAUAUACCAAAGUAUCUCGGUAUAUCAACUGGAUUAAGGAAAAAACAAAGCUCACUUAGAGAAAAUUGUAUUUCCAAAGUUGAUUCAUUUGGAUUGGAAACGGGCAGAGCCUCUUACUAAUGAAUCACUUUUCCAUCUUUUGUUAGAUUUAAAUAUAUACAGUUUAUGAAUACUGCUUUCUCUCUUUACAGGGAAGAAUUUCAUCUAGAAUUCAUAUUUUACUAGCAUAAAUAGUUUAGCAAAUUAAAUCAUUAGAGAAAUAUAAUGCGGUAGGAAAUUGUGACCAUUCCUAUGGGUCCUUUAAAAAUUGUGAUUAAGUUUUCCACCCUGCCCAUCAACUACUGGGGUUCUCUACUGUGGCAAUUCACCUGAUUCUCUCUCCUUAGAAGCAAUCCAUGUCUUAGAUCUUCUUUGUCUCUCCCACAAAAACACCAAUGUGAAUUAGUUAUAUAUGCAAGAUCUUUGGUCUAUUCCAUCACAAGACCAGCACCACACUCAUGAAAAAAGAACGAGCUGCUGAAAGGUUAAAAUUCAUCAAAAGCACUACUUAUUUUCCUCUACCCUUAUUGCUGAAUCCCUGAACACUUUUUUUCCAACUCCCAAUCCCCAAUCCAGCUUUUCUCCUUCUCAUUUCCUCUCUUUUUCCCUCCACAGUCAUUAAAGGAGAGAAAGGAAGUGUCAUGCUGUUUUACUGCUGUACACAAUUAUA